UUAUUUUUGAAAAUCGUUAGGAGAUGUCAGUAUUAUAGUGAUACCUUUGUAUGUUUUUGUACAAUUUUGCUUACAUAAAUUUAUAAAUGAGCACUAAUUAUAAAAUAUUCCGUUGCUGUAAAGUAAUUGAUUGCAAGCAGGGUGCUGUACGGGCCGUACGUUAUAAUGUUGAUGGGUCAUAUUGCCUGAGUUGUGGUUCAGAUAAAAAAAUUAAACUAUGGAAUCCGAAAACUGGACUGUUGUUGAAAACGUACGGUGGUCAUGCAGAUGAGGUGACUGAUGCAUCUGGUAGCUGUGACAGCUGUCAUAUUGUUUCUUCUAGCCUUGAUAAAAGCGUAAUAUAUUGGGAUGUUUCUACAGGCCUUCCAGUACGCCGAUUAAGAGGGCAUGCUGGUGGUAUACGAUGUGUUUGUUUUAAUGAAGACUCUUCUAUCGCAAUAUCUGGUGGGAGAGAUAAUGCGGUUUUUUGUUGGGAUAUACGAACUCGUCGCUCAGAACCCGUUCAGGUAAUGAAGGACGCUCGCGACUGUAUAACAACUGUUCUAACUAACGACCACAAAAUAAUCGCAUCUUCUUUGGAUGGUUGUAUACGUCAAUAUGAUAUACGCGUUGGAGAAGUGAUUUAUGAUAAAAUCGGAGAUCCCAUAACAUUUCUAAAAUUGACUCGAGAUGAACAAUGUCUUGUGGCAGCUUGCCAAGAUAGCACAGUUCGUCUCAUUGAUUGUGAAACCGGAACUUUAUUAUCAGAAUAUAAAGGUCAUAAAGCGGAAGAUUUCCAUAUAGAAUGUGGUAUUAUGGCAAAUGAUGCACAAAUAAUUUCAGGAACUAGCGAGGGUUGCGCUAUAGUUUGGGACUUACUCGAUGGGAAAAUUUUACAGCAUAUUAAAUUAAGUAGCAACGGAGGAGUUGUUAAUUCCCUGGAUACUCAUCCUAGCGAAAAUGAAUUGGUGUUGGCUCGUCGGAGAGAUAUCUACGUAUAUCGUACAGAUUUUAAUGAGGAAUAGCCGAAAGCCCUUGUUGUUUUACAGUAACAGAAAGCCUGGUAGCUAAUGCUGUAAACAUAUUACUUUAUAAUUUUAAUUCUAAUUUAAUAAAUAAAUAAUAAGAAUAAUACUUAA